CCUUUUGAAGUUCAGUGAGCAAUUCACCGUUCUAAAAUGUAUAUUUGGAAUUAAGUUGUUGUUUUUUCAUUUUACGAAAAUAAUGGAAUAAAUAUCUUGUGAAAGAUUAAGGAUUACCUAUAUUAUUUGGACAAACACUGUAUUAUUUUACUAGAUAAUGUUACACAAUAUGAAUAAAGAAGUCUGACACAGAAUCAAAUCAUGGCAUCAAGAAGACUGUUUGAGGUCUUAACUUUGAAAGGGAAACAGUCAGUGUGUCUAAAAUGCCUGUGUCAAAGAUCAGAAGGAAAUUUGAACCUUGUUCAGAAACAUGUUGUUCGUAGAUAUUCACAGAAAGAUGUAGUUAAACCCACUUUGUCCAGAAGUAAAAGGUUUGGGCGUUUUAUGGCAGCAUUAUCACUUGUGUCAGGAGUUACUUACCUUUGCUUGAAAGAGCAAUAUAAAAGAAAAGUUCGGGUUACUGCUGGUGGAUUUGUGAGAUUUCUCAGGUCAGCUGUGAUAGGCUUAUCAGUUUCUAUAGACUACAAAAUUUCAUUGUGGAACCUUGAAGAUGAUUCAGUAGAAUAUGAUAAAGCCGUCAAGUUGUGUCAUAAACGUUCUGCAGAGAAGCUGCUAAUGGGGUGCCUUAAUAACGGUGGUCUUUAUGUAAAACUUGGUCAAGGGCUUGUCUCAAUGAGUCAUGUGUUGCCAAAGGAAUAUGUAGACACUCUAGUCAUACUUCAGGACAAGGCUUUGUCUAUGGAACCUCAGGAUAUGGAAGAACUGUUUAUUGAAGAUUUUGGUGCUUCCCCGCAUACAGUAUUUAAAGAAUUUGAUGAGGAACCUAUAGCCGCAGCUAGUCUGGCCCAAGUUCACCGUGCUGUCACUCAUGAAGGCAAAGAUGUAGCAGUAAAGAUUCAGUAUAUUGACUUACAAGAUAGAUUUGCAGGUGAUAUAAGAACAUGUGAGAUUUUGUUAAAGGUUAUUGGUUGGAUGCACCCAAAGUUUGAGUUUGCUUGGGUAUUACAGGAUAUGAAAGGGACCCUCGGUCAAGAAUUGGAUUUUGUAAAUGAAGGAUCUAACUCGGAGAGAUGCCAGGAAGAUUUGAAACAUCUAGGAUAUGUAUAUGUGCCAAAAGUCUACUGGGAUAAAACAAGCACAAGAGUAUUGACAGCCGAGUAUAUAGAUGGGUGUAAAGUGAGCGAUACAGAAGGUAUUAGAAAGAUGGGUCUUUCACUAAAUGACGUUGAUCAGAAAUUGGUGAGGUGCUUUUCGGACCAGAUUUUUUUGACAGGCUUUGUUCAUGCAGAUCCCCAUCCAGGAAAUGUAUUUGUGAGACAAGGGAAGGACAAGAAAGCUGAGAUCGUGCUGUUAGACCAUGGUCUAUAUGAUCGGUUACAGCCUUUACAUCGAGGAUAUCUGUGUAACUUAUAUAAAGCCAUCAUCAUGAGAAACGAGGAGGAGAUGGAGAGAUAUUCACAUUUACUCGGUGUUAAUGACUACCAGAUAUUUGCUAGUCUUGUUAGACAGGGCCCAGUGAAGUUCACAAAGGCCCCGCCUCUUUUUCGCCACAAGCCAGUUGACAUGAAGGCAUUUCGUAAACUGUCAAAACAAAUACAGGCGGAAAUGAAGGAGGACUUUGAAAUUCUUCAUGAUAGAAUAUUCAAGGCCAUGAGGGAUAUGCCCAGCUCUCUUCUUUUGAUUUUUAGGAACAUGAACACAGUUCGAGCCAUUUUAAGAGAACAUGGCAAUCCUGUAGACAGAUAUGGCAUCAUGGCAAAAAGUGCUAUCACUGGUACAUACCAUAAAGAAGCUGAGAACAUCACUGUUGUAUCAAGGGCUCAGGCCUGGUGGGAGCGGGUGGUUUAUGACUACAGGGUGAAGGCUGAGAGUUGGAAACUCUGGCUUGCAUUCUUAUACUUACGGUUCCUACAGUUGCUAGGUCGGGCACCGGCUAUGGAAAAGGUGAAAAGCUUCAUGGAGACUGAAGAAAAGAGGAAGUUAAAAUUUUUGCCUUUAAGUUCAAAAGUUUGGCAAGAAUUGCUUGAAAAAUAUAGUACGAGACUCUGUGAAGAAGAGGUGAAUUUGGCCAAGCUUGGACUGUGAUAUAGAUAAAUAGGCUUCCAUCGCACUGUGGUACAUUUUGUACAUCGUACAUUUGUACUUCAUAUAUUUGCCCAUUGAACAAGGGCUCACUGUACAUUUGUCCAUCGAGUAUUUGUCCAUAGGGUUUCCUGGAGACUAGUGAACAGACCCUGUUUAAAGGUCGCAUGAAAGACUAUAAUAUGGCAAAUAGCCAAGGCAGAUUCUAAAGAAACAAUUCUGUGAACUAGGUAUGACAAAUUAUGUUAGGCUUUCAUAAAUAGCCGAGUGCCGAGUGUCGCUGAAUAAAAAGCCAUUCUGUCAUUUGCAGAUAAUUCUGUCAUUUACAGAUAUCCAUGUUAAAGGGAACUUUAUGCCAUGUUGCAAUCAUGUUGAGGAGUAAUUUAGAAGCCUAUAGAAAAUGGAUAGAUUCUGAAAAGGAUGCAUGAAAAGGUGUAGUCGUUAGCCUACAUAAUGAGUUAGCAAGAAUGUUGAUAUGUUGUUAAUGACAUAGCAGAUCCUUUUCAAAAAGCGGACCAGUUUUUAUCAAGCUGUAUAUAGUACAGAGGAGAGUAAUCAUGAAUGUUUGAAAAUUUUGCCGUUAACAGGAAUGGAUAAACAUGGCUUAAUUGGUAGUCAUUGACAACAUAUUGUGAUUUUUUGCCAUUGUCAAAUUGACAUUUCAUUUAAUGUGACCACUGUGUCUAAUUUCCAGGGCAUAACAAUGACUGUAUAAUGGACAUGUAAGCUAACAAUAGACUUACGGUGGAAUUAAGGAUAUUUUAAGUUUUCCCAGCUAAUCCAUGGGUACAAUCAAACAUUUAAAGUUACAUUUUAGUCAGGGUGACUAACCUAUUGUGACAAGUAGUGCACGGUGAAGCUGUAAUGGUAAAAGUUUGUUUGCCUAGAAAAAUAACAUCUAUAGGCAAGCAAGUUCAGAUAAUAUGAUCUGAGAUUUAUGUCAAAAACCAUGACUAAUAUUGGCAUUAAAUAUAAUCAGUAUCAAGGUUGUUAGUUGGAGGUAAAUCUGUUUACUGUAAUUGUUUAUUAGUAAUUGAUAAUCAUACUGUUUUGUGAUAUUGAAACAUUAUGCUUCCAGAAUUUUAUUUCUAUUAUUUAUUUCAAUGUUUUAAAUUGCUAUUUAAAUUGUUUGUUUUUUUCAAAUGUGAUACCUUCUGAUUUUAACAGUGCUUAAGAAGUCCUUUCUUCAAAGUUAAAUUUUAUGAUGUACAUAUUUUUAUGUUGACCAAGAAAUGAACCAUAGAAAUGUAGGCAUUUUAAUGAAGGCAUUUUAAGAUUUAAUGUUUAUAGGCCAGUGAUUUUAUGGUUACAUGCUAAUAAUGUUAUUUCAGUUGUUAUUUUAAAGUGCAUGCCUUUCGAAUUGAUGUGAAGUAUAUUUUCAACAACUUUCAUUAUUAAUUUUUUGGCGGGGAAAAAAAAAGAUUGUACUACAAUAUCUACAAUAUAAUGGAAUUAGGAAUAAAAUUUUAUGUUUUAACCCAUUACCUUCUUGAACCGGAACCAAAAGUGAUUAUCCAUUGCCACCAGUAUAUACCAGUUUAGAACAAGCCUUUUUACAGUGAAGAACAUUAACUUAAAUCCUUUUUACGGGUAGGAAUAAUUUUAACAUACUAUCAAUAGAUACUAAUAUUGCCAGCUAUAAGUUAUAAUAGAUCUAAUCCAGCCGUAUAGAGCCAAACCGCUGUACUAAUCCAUGCAAUGUGACCAAACUUAAAGAUGGAUAUGAUGUUUCAUGAGAUCUGGC